AUGGCACAACAAAUCACGGCGUCCUUGAAGGACUUCUGGCACACGAUGACGUCGUACGACCGCCACGCCUCGCACGACUCGCCCUACCGCACCGGCCGGCACAUUCCCAUCCCCCAGAGCCGCCACGCCGCCCUCACCUCCAUCACGGCCAGCGGCGCCGAGUCCCGCACCGACCUGCACUCGCCCUACCAGCACGACGAGCUCGCGACGAGCAAUGGCUUCAUCGGCUCCCCCAAGGGCCCCAUGUCCCCCAGCUCCCCCUACUCGCCCGGCAUGCGCGGCUCCCUCAGCCGCCAGGCCACCAUGGACUCGGACUCGUUCCCCCAGGGCGCCAACGGCCAGAUCCCCAUGCAGGACUUCAACGAGGGCCUGCCCCCGCCGCCGCCCGUCAGCCACUCGUGGCGGCGCAUCGACCGCUGGGUCGAGGACCACUACCAAGAGCUCUUCGACAACAUGUGCGAGGGCUGCACAUCCAACGACGUCAACGAGCUGGAGCACGAGCUCGACGCGACCCUGCCCAUGGACAUCCGCGAGUCGCUGCAGGUCCACGAUGGCCAGGAGCGUGGCGGACUGCCGACUGGUGUCCUCUUCGGUCUCAUGCUGCUCGACUGCGAGGAGAUUGUCAUGGAGUGGAAGAACUGGCGGAAGGUCGCCGAGGAGUACCUCACCACAAAGGUCGACUACCGCACACCGCAGAUUCCAGUAAAGGCCUUUGCUGGCUCCUCGACCGCUCCCCCCGUUGCCACAGUCCAGAGCACAGGCAACCCGCUCUGGCGACAGGACCUCCUCGCGCGCCAGGACUCACAGCCCCAGGGCGCCGUACAAAAGGCAUAUGCCCACCCCGCAUGGAUCCCUCUCGCUCGCGACUGGGGAGGCAACUACCUUGCCGUUGAUCUCGCUCCCGGUCCCAACGGCCAAUGGGGCCAGAUCAUCAUUUUCGGCCGCGACUACGACACCAAAUACGUUGUCGCGCGCUCAUGGGGCGCUCUAUUGGCCAUGAUCGCAGACGACUUUGCCUCGAAAGACGUGUCCAUGGACGAGGAGACGGGCGAACUGAAGCUGCUAGCUUUCAAGCGCCAGAACGUAGAGCCGCCCUACCUAGAAGUCCUCCGCUGGCGGUGUGACCAGAAGCACGGCCGCCGGCCACCCAAGAGACGCCCGAACAGCGGUCUGCGCGUCAACCCCAAUGCGCCGGGUAUGGUCGUCCCCAGUAGCACUGCGAGCAGCCCCUACCACAGCCCUGUAAUGGGCCCCGAAGACCGCGGCCGAAGCCCCCACCGCCUAUCCAAACCGCCCAAGGGCGUCAGCCCACGAGGCAAGCUCUCCAGCCCGCUAGCCCGGGUCGCAGAAGAGAACCCAGCACCCAUCCGCGUACACACCAACCUCGACUCCAAGACCGCGACUCCCCAGGAGAACCUCAUCUCCAUGGACACCCCGCGACCGAGCGACGAGUUCCCUGCCGCCCGCCUGCCCACACCACGUGAUAGCCUCAGCAGCGACAAGGAGAACAAGGAUGACAAAGAUGACAAGGAAAACAAGGACACGAAACCAGCUGCCCCUGCCGCAACCACUACCGCUCCCGCGCGCUCGUCGCUGAAGAGCCCCGUCACUGCCACCGAGGCGGAAGACCUCAAGACCGUCGAGAUAUAG